AUGAGCAACCAUGCCUUGGCAAACCUGCCGGUGAAGACGCUGGGCCGGUUGCUGGCGCAGCCGGGGGCUUUGAACAGCCAAGACUUUGAAGAAGCCAUGGGCGUGGCAAUGACAAAGGUGCAUGACAUGGAUGGGAAAGAUUGCAUAAGAGUUUUAGGGGCACUUAUGCAUGUGCCCAGCGCGACUCGCCCAGACUCUGCUUCCUUGCAAGCACUCGGUGCACGACUCUCCGCUGGUCUGGCGGACAUCUCCAACAACGACAUGGCUGAGUUAGCCGAGAACUUGGCAGAGGUUUCGGUGCCCGUGGCCCCGGUCUUCGCACGGCUCUCUGCAGCCUUCAGCCUGCGCGUGUCUGGCGCCUCGGCACCACAGCUGACAAAGGUGGCGUCAGCCUUUGCCCGAGCCCGGCUGGCUGAUCGCCGGCUCUUCCCGCGCAUGGCGCAGGGCGCGCUGAAGCAGCUCCACGUGUUUUCGCCGCCGGAUCUUUCUUCCUUUGUCUCGGCCUUCGCUGCAGUGGGCCUCUGCCAUGAGCCACUGCUCGCAGCUUCGGCAAAGGUCCUGGUGGCCUUUGGCCCCCGGCUUUCUGCCCUCGACCUGGCCCUCGUGGCCUUCGCCUACGCACAGUUCUUCCUGGUUUUUCCAGGUGUGACUUCCAUGCUCCAGGCUCGGUUGCCUGAGUGUGCCCACGAGCUGCCUUUGGAGAGGCUGGCCGAGCUCACCGUGUCCUGCGCAAGGCUGGAUGUGAAGUCGCCUGAGCUUCAAGCGGCCCUGGCGCGGAACUUGCAGCUCGGCCCUCUCAGUGACGAGCUCUUUGGCCAGGUCUGCGGCCUUGUUGGGCUUGGCUUCCUCACCGCGGCUGCGGUCGCAAAUGGCAACAGAGCUCACGCUCAAGGUGUGUGGUGGUUGCUGGACCUGCUCGAAUCCCUGGGACUGGCAGCCGAGGACGCACGCCUUGAGAGGGGUGGUGCUGUUGCCGAGUUUUGGGGCAGUGCGCUGGGCGCCCUGUUCCCAGCUUUGCAGGGCUUUUUCCCGGUGUUGAGCCCAACGGAAAUAGCCACAGCCUACCGGGCCUUGAGGCAGCUGCCGCCGUGUUUGGUGCGGGCCAUGCCCAAUAGCCCCUGCUGGCAGGCGCACGAGCAGCUGGCACUUCGCUGUCUGAGCCUUGCCAGCGUGGAGGCUUUUGACUUCCAGCUCCAAACCUCUCUGCUCUAUUCCCAGCUAUGCUUGUACCCUGAGCUUUGGUCGAAUGGCAACGAGGGGGCCUCCCUCACAAACCCCACCUGGGCACCGUUUCUCACAAGCUUCACGGCCUCGUCCGCAGCCUGGCAGCAGAUGGAGCCACCGGCAGAGAUGGAGCCCAGGACAGCAGAGCAGGCAGCUGCACUGCAGCUCUUAUGGAAGCCUGAAAACUUGGAAAAGGCCAGCAAGGCUGAGCAUCGAAAUCGCCCGGUGGCCCUUGAACUCCAGGAGUACAUUCGCGCCUCGAGUGCCGGGGCGGCGGUAGAAGGCCCCUUGUGGGAAGGGCCAUGUGAGAUCCACGCGGCCGUCGGCACCUUGGCCUUCUGCCUCAUGCCAGAGGAGGCCUACUUCAAGCUCGGCCGCCAGGAGUCAUUCUCCCAAGACCUGGAUGAAGAGAAGGGGGAGCUUUGCCACGAGAUGGCAGCACAGCUUCAUUUGUUGAGGGCGCGCGGUUGGCACGUCAAAGCCCUAUCGUUCCAUACCUGGCGUCGGCUGGGGCGGAGUCAGAGGCAGGGCAGAGCCAACCGGUAUCCUUCUAAGCCUCUGGUGUGA